AACCUACGCAGAUCAAGGAUGUUUAACCAAUUGAGUUUGCUAGUGGCUUGCUUAUUGUUUGCAUUUGCCAAUGCACUCAAAUCCAGUGCCUCCCAAGUUCUUGUUUUGUAUGAUUCAUCAUUGACUUCAAUUGCCAACCGAACCUUGUUGACUCCUGAAGUUGACCAAUUUAUCAAUUACUUGCAAGAUCAAUUCACAGUUACAUUCGAAGAAUAUCAUGAUAGCGAAAGCGUCUAUCUUUUUGAAGCCAAUGCCGAGGAACACGCUAGAUACCAACAUUUGGUUUUAUUCCCUAGUGCUAAGAAGGCAAUCGCGGCCAAGAAUAACAUCACUCAACAUAGUUUAAUGAAGUUUGUUAACCAUUUCGGUGGGAACGUCAUUAGUAUUGGUGGCGAGAAAAGUGUUUUGCCUAAUGGAAUCAGAUCAUUUUUGAAUGAAUUGGGUAUCUAUCCUUCUCCAAAGAAUUUCAACUACCUUGACCAUUUCAACACCAAAGACGGAUCAGUCGUUUUAAGCUCCGAAAACAACCUUGUUCCUGGAAACAGAUUGGUUGAAAGUUUAGAUAAUGUGAAAUAUCAUGGCAAUGGUGCAUUGAUUUCCAACAACGAGUUAAUUUUUCCAAUUGUCAAAUCUUCAAGCACAGGAUACACCGGUAAAGCUGGGGAACAAGUAGAUUCCAGCACCGCUUGGACACUCGGCGAACAAGGAUUCUUGGCAGUUGGAUUACAAGCAUUGAACAAUGCCCGUGUUGCAUGGUUAGGAUCCAGUGAAUUACUUCAAUUUGAACAUAUUUACAAGUGGGCAUUCCAAAAGCAAGGUGUAUUGAAGUUACAAUAUGUUGAACAUUACAAUACCAAGAAUGAAACUGCCCAAAACCCACACUUGUACAGAAUCAACGAUGAUGUUGUUUACACUAUUGGCGUGUCUGAAUCAGUUGACGGUGAAUGGGUACCAUACCAAAUUGCUAGUGACGACGAUCAAUUGCAAGUUUCAUUCAAGUUGUUGGACCCAUACCAAAGACUCAAUUUGGUUUCAGUAGGUCCUAGUGAUUCUCCAGAUGGUCCAGCAACUGCCCAAACUUAUAGAGUCAACUUCACUGUUCCUGACCACCAUGGUGUCUUCACCUUUGAACUUGAUUACAAGAGAGUUGGAUUGUCUUAUUUACAAGACAAGAGAGUUGUUACUGUGAGACACUUGGCCAAUGAUGAAUUCAAGAGAUCUUGGGACAUUACCAACUCUUGGUUAUACAUUGUCAGUGUUGCUAUUGUGAUUGCUGCUUGGUUUUUGUUUGUUAUUUCUUACAUCUAUGUCGGAAACACCAAUUAUCAAAAGAAGAAUGUGUAAGUAGAGCAUUAAUAGAUUAGUUAAAGUCUAUGAAUAUUCGUUAGUAUAAGUUUUUAAACAAUAUAAUUUUUGUUUGAAUCUUUUGAUCAGAUAUGUUUUUCUACUAUCUACUAAACAACUAUCUUCAAUGUAGAUACUCAGUUGUCCCUAUCAGUUGAUCAUCAUUC